GGCUGUGUAUUUUAAGACAAAUCAGUAAGGCAGUCCCUAGGAAGUUCCAGAGAGUGGGUCCUUUGCUUGUCAAGCUCUGUAUUAGGCCAAGUAUGGUGGGUCAUGGGAACAGGGACACUUCUGGCUCUGAGCACCUCUUUGUUGUGCUUGCUCUGCCUUAGAGACGGGCAGGAUGAGGUAACAGAGGAAGCACCAGACCAAUGAGUCCUCUCAACAGAGUGUCUCUCACUGCUGCCCCAUUUGAUACAUCUUUGUUGAGCUGGCCUAAGUUCAUGCCAGCAUCUGUGUUCUAUACAAAUUGUGGAACCAGUGUGAAGGAUGGGGUGCAUUUUUGGUGCUUGAAAAGCAAGGGACUCAACCUCCAGUGGGAUCUUCAGAUUGCUCUCCGAGCUGUCUAGUUGGUCAUUUAGGAAAUCGUAAAUCAUGUGAAGAUGGGACUCUUGGUAUUUGUGCGCAAUCUGCUGCUAGCCCUCUGCCUCUUUCUGGUACUGGGAUUUUUGUAUUAUUCUGCGUGGAAGCUACACUUACUCCAGUGGGAGGAGGACUCCAAUAUAGAAACUGAGGCUUCAGAGAGGCUGUGUAAUCAAGAGUUUGUGUGCCUUUCAUCUGAGGAGGAUUCAGUGGUUCUUUCCUUUGACUCCGCUGGACAAACACUAGGCUCAGAGUAUGAUCGGUUGGGCUUCCUCCUGAAUCUGGACUCUAAACUGCCUGCUGAAUUAGCCACCAAGUACGCAAACUUUUCAGAGGGAGCUUGCAAGCCUGGCUAUGCUUCAGCCUUGAUGACGGCCAUCUUCCCCCGGUUCUCCAAGCCAGCACCCAUGUUCCUGGAUGAUUCCUUUCGCAAGUGGGCUAGAAUCCGGGAGUUUGUGCCGCCUUUUGGGAUCAAAGGUCAAGACAAUCUGAUCAAAGCCAUCUUGUCAGUCACCAAAGAGUACCGCCUGACCCCUGCCUUGGACAGCCUCCGCUGCCGCCGCUGCAUCAUCGUGGGCAAUGGAGGCGUUCUUGCCAACAAGUCUCUGGGGUCACGAAUUGACGACUAUGACAUUGUGGUGAGACUGAAUUCAGCACCAGUGAAAGGCUUUGAGAAGGACGUGGGCAGCAAAACGACACUGCGCAUCACCUACCCCGAGGGCGCCAUGCAGCGGCCUGAGCAGUACGAGCGCGAUUCUCUCUUUGUCCUCGCCGGCUUCAAGUGGCAGGACUUUAAGUGGUUGAAAUACAUCGUCUACAAGGAGAGAGUGAGUGCAUCGGAUGGCUUCUGGAAAUCCGUGGCCACUCGAGUGCCCAAGGAGCCCCCUGAGAUUCGAAUCCUCAACCCAUAUUUCAUCCAGGAGGCCGCCUUCACCCUCAUUGGCCUGCCCUUCAACAAUGGCCUCAUGGGCCGGGGGAACAUCCCUACCCUUGGCAGUGUGGCAGUGACCAUGGCACUACACGGCUGUGACGAAGUGGCAGUCGCAGGAUUUGGCUAUGACAUGAGCACACCCAACGCACCCCUGCACUACUAUGAGACCGUUCGCAUGGCAGCCAUCAAAGAGCCAAGACCCCGUGUGGAAAAUCUGAACCUCUUGCCACACUUCCACUUUGACCACCAGCCUUAUGAUCCCAGCCUGAAACCUGGAAAUCUUGGGCCAGUGCUUCAACAGCUUCUCUGCUGCUACAUCUGGGUGAUGGGAGGUUGUUGGAGGGAACCUCCCAUCUGUGCAGAUUCCUGCUUCUUCCUGGACGCACAAUAUCCAGCGAGAGAAAGAGUUUCUGCGGAAGCUGGUGAAAGCUCGCGUCAUCACUGAUCUAAGCAGUGGCAUCUGAGUGGGCCUAGCACAUGGCCAUAGAGGCCCAGGCACCACCAGGAGCAGCAGCAGCCAGCACCAUCUACACAGGAGUCUUCAGACCCGGAGAAGGAUGGUGCCAAGGGCCCCAGGGGCAGCGAGGCCUUGGUGGAGCAGCCAGAGCUGUGCCUGCUCAGCAGCCAGUCUCAGAGACCAGCACUCAGCCUCAUUCAGCAUGGGUCCUUGAUGCCAGAGGGCCAGCAGGCUCCUGGCUGUGCCCAGCAGGCCCAGCAUGCAGGCGGUGGGACACUGGGCAGCAAGGCUGCUGCCGGAAUCACUUCUCCAAUCAGUGUUUGGUGUAUUAUCAUUUUGUGCAUUUGGGUAGGGGGGAGGGUAGGGAUAAUUUAUUUUUAAAUAAGGUUGGAGAUGUCAAGUUGGGUUCACUUGCCAUGCAGGAAGAGGCCCACUAGAGGGCCCAUCAGGCAGUGUUACCAGUUAGCUCCCUGUGGGGCAGGAGUGCCAUGACCAGCCUGUACCUUGCUGUGGGGCUACAGGGUGGUGGGCAGGAUCUCAAGCCAGCCCCCUCCAGCUCAUGACACUGGCCUUUCUUGGGGAGAAGAUGGGGUAUUCCCACUCACCAGCCCUAGCUGUCCCAUAGGGAAACCCUGGAGCCAUCCCUUCGGAGCCAAAAAGACCGCCCCAGGGCUACAGCAGAAAGAACUUUAAAGCUCAGGAGGGUGACGCCCAGCUCCGCCUGCUGGGAAGAGCUCGCCUCCACAGCUGCAGCUGACCCAUAGGACCACCGCAGGCCCAGACCCACCAACUUGCCACAGCUGCAGCUGACCCAUAGGACCACCGCAGGCCUGGACUCACCAACUUGCCACAUGUUCUAGGUUUCGGCAACAAGACUGCCAGGUGGUUGGGUUCUGCCUUCAGCCUGGACCAGAGGGAAGUGAGGCCCAAGGACCUUACCCAAGCUGUGGCAGCCAUCCCAGGCCACCCCCCUGGAAGCAAUAAAGCUCUUCCCUGA